AUGGCCUCACCCUACGACGCGUUGUCCCAAUCAUUACUCUCAUUUCCCUUCUGCUUUAGCAUGUCAGAUCAAAGGAGCAUGGACGGUUGUGAGGAAAGCAUAUGGGAAAGAGUGCAAAGUGAAGUCAAGCAGGGACAGCUCUUGUCAUGGGACACAACUUAUUCUACUUCCUACGCACCAGUUCCCACUGCAUACAUAACGGAACAACCAAUAUCGACAUACGAGACUCUGUUCAAAUUCCAUUUCUAUAACGGAUACUCUUUCGAUGGUUGUGAAGCGGUUCUUUCGCGGGAAUGUCUGAUGAAGGAUAUCUAUAGUUUGAUUCUCGGACUAUCUUCUAAGACCUUUGUUUAUAAUGAAGAGAAAAGGGAAUUUACUGCGAGAAUGGAACAGAUACGCAUCGAUGGAUGCAGCGCAAAGACAUUUGGAACUCACUUGAAUCGUCUGGAUAACGUCGCUUCAAAAUGCGAGAAACAUCCAAGGUCUGCCAUUGUGGCAUUGAUGGAGCAAUCGGGGGGAAUUGAAAAUAUCGAUCUGAUGGAGUUAUAUCACAUACUUGACGAAUCAUCACUCGUACUCGAGAAACUGGCUGUAUUCUGUCAUUGUUGUUACCAUCCAUAUUUGCAGAUGGUGAAUGAAUGGAUUGGGUUGGACUCAGAAAACAAAUUAGCAUUGAUAUGGGGUUCAGGAAAAGAGAAAUAUGAUGACGAAUGGGGAGAAUUCUUCAUUGAGAGAGGGGACGAGGAGAACGGCAAGGAGGGAAACGAGUGGAUGAAUGCGAAGAUAAGUAAAAAGAACCCUCCGCCGACGUUCAUUUCUGUCGAGGUGGCACGUGAUAUAUUGGAAGCUGGAAAGGCUCUAAGAUUGCUGCAUGACUGUUGUCCGAAUCAUCAUUUGUUUCAAUCAACUAGAGCAAGUGAUUUGUUAGAUAAAAUAAUACCGCCGUCCCCGUCUUCUAUCCUCUCAACGUCGUUCACAAAUCUCUCAGGAACGCUUCCAGUUACUAAAACGUCAACACUGACUCUCUUAGAACAUUUGUUAUCCACAUAUUCCUCGCCAUCAUCGUCUCCAAUAACAACAGUAAGAGAAUCGGUCUUAUCUCACGCACUUCUAACCCAGUGUCGGUUAGUUAAUAUGUCUAUUUUGUCAUUUUUCUUUCGCGAUCUAUCUCUCCGUUCUCAUCUCAAAGUAUUGCGAGAAUACCUACUUAUGGGGAAUGCUACGUUUAUGAAUGAUCUUUCAGACGCAUUAUUCGCCGACAACGUUGAUUCUGGAAUUGACAUUGGUGUUGCAACGAGCAGAAAAAGAGCAGGAAUUGGAUUGGGUAUGGGUAUGAACAGCAGGAGGACAUGGCCACCAGUAGGGGGAGAGUUAAGGAUGGCUUUGAAGGCUGUUAUUGUGGAAAACGUUAUGAAAGGAGCAGGAUGGGGGGGUGAAGAGAUCGCCCGAGGAGAUAUUGUGGGAUUGGAUAAUAUGCUUAUGUUUGGAAUUAAGAAUGAUGAAGAAUGGGAAGUCUGCAAAGAUCCAAAUGCAUUAGAAGCACUCGAUUUUCUUUACCUCGAUUACAGGCCACCCUAUCCCAUUAACGUGCUAAUAACACCAGAUCAUCUCGUCAAGUACAACCAGAUAUUCACAUUACUCUUGCGUAUAUUACGACUAGGUUCAGUUGUAUGUCAUAUCUACCGUAGUUCUCACACUCGCUCGAUGUAUACUACUACCCACAUAACGACUCAGAAAUUCCGGUUUGAAUCACAUCAAUUCAUAAUCGCUCUACAAUGUUAUGUAUUCGACGUUGCCAUUGAUUCAACGUGGAGUUUGUUUAUGAAAAAAUUGGACAAUAAGGCCAAUGAAUUGGAAGCAGAUGGCACGAACAGUGAGAUGGAAAUCGAAAAUGAUGGGUGGGGUGAUGGAGAUGAUGGUUGUAAUGUGAAGGAUUUAGAUACGCUGAAGAUAUAUCAUGAGAAAAUGUUGGAUAGAAUGGUGUUUCUGUGCCUGUUAAAGCCCAAGCAGGAGCCGAUAAUGAAAGUAAUUAAUGCAAUAUUAGUUGUUAUUUUGGCAUUUGCAAGAUUACUAAACGUGAGAAGGUAUAAUGAGGAGGGGUUUGAUGAGACCGAUCAACAGGUAGAAACGUUGUAUGAAAAGUUUAGACUAUACACGGCAAUGCUAGUGAAGAUUCUUGUUGCACUCGAUGAAAAAGGAGGGGGGCGUGUCAACAAGACUGGCCUGCCUAGUAACAAGAGAUCUGAAUCAUAUACUCCUGGUGAGGGAUUUUUACAGGCAUUAUUGUUAAGAGUGGAUUUCAAUGGGUAUUAUAAAGAAAUAGUAGAGCGUGAACUGGCAGAGAAAAGAAAUAAAUAA